UCAAAAAAGAAAAAAGCGAACGUCCACCGCAGUCGCAAAAAAGUUGGUUACUUACUUGUCGUUCUUUGAAUUGGGUUAGUAACCAAAUAAGGAAAUAAGGGAGGUCUGAGUCUCUGAGAGAGAGAGAGAGAGAGGCACCGCCUUUUUUUAACCUCGGUGUCUCCGCCUCCCAUUUCACAUUUCUCUCUCUUUGCAUUUUUGUUCUUUUUUUUUUUUGGAGGUGGGAUCUCAUUGCCCUUUAAACAUCGUCUUCAUCGUCUUCUUCUUCUUCUUCUUACUCCUGAUACGAUCUGGUGAAGAUGUCGACGAUUUCGAAUCUCGCGAUGUGCGGUCACGACGGGAGCUCAGUAUUCCGUUUUUCUAACACGUUAGCGUCUUCUUUCGCCCCCAUUAAUUACAGAGUUUCAUGGCCGAUUCAGAAUGAAGCGUUUUGCGGUUCUUGUUUGGGUCAGAGACAUUUUAGGAGGAGGAUUAAAGGUCGUUGUGUUCGCAUGGCGUUAGUAGACGAGAAGGUUACACGAACCAAAGAUUUGUCAAGGCCUUCUGAAGUUCUGGCAUACGAACUCGUGCAGGGAGCACUUGUUAGAUGGAGUUCUGUCAUGGAUAAGUCGUUACCUGAUCCACCAACAGCUGUUUUUCUUCAUGGCAUUUUAGGCAGCCGUAAGAAUUGGGGAACUUUUGCUCGUAGAUUGGCUCAAGAGUUUCCAACAUGGCAGUUUCUCUUAGUUGACCUGCGGUGUCAUGGGGAUUCGACUUCUACAACAACUAGGGGUCCCCAUACUGUAGCAUCCACUGCCCUUGAUGUCUUAAAGCUUGUUCGACAGUUGAGAAUAACACCUCGUAUUCUUGUUGGUCACAGUUUCGGUGGAAAGGUUGCCUUAAGCAUGGUAGAACAAGCCGCAAAACCUCUUGCUAGACCCGUUAGAGUUUGGGUUCUAGAUGCUACUCCUGGAAAAGUUCGACCUGGUGGUAAUGGGGAGGACCAUCCAGAAGAGCUAAUAUCAUUCCUUAAAACACUCCCAGAAGAGGUCUCUUCAAAGCGGGAUAUUAUUAAUGCGUUAAUCCAAGAAGGAUUUUCCAAAGAUGUGGCACAGUGGGUGGUCACUAAUCUUCGUCCAACUGGUUCUCCUGGUUCUACACCAUCCGGCUUCUCAUGGAUCUUUGAUCUGAAGGGAAUUGCUGAAAUGUAUCAAUCUUACGAGGAGACGAAUUUAUGGAAAGUAGUUGAAGAUGUCCCUCGAGGUGUGCACGUGAACUUUCUGAAAGCGGAAAGAAGUUUACACAGGUGGGCCCUUGAAGAUAUUCAAAGAAUACAUGCUGCUGAGGAGGUUGCUUCUGAAGAGGGAGGUGGCGUUGAAAUGCAUGUACUUGAGGAUGCUGGCCAUUGGGUACACGCUGACAAUCCAGAUGGGCUCUUUAGGAUUCUUUCGUCUUCUUUCCAAUGAGAGAAAACCUGAGUGAGAUUCUAGCAUAUAAUUAUGUGCCCUGCCAAAAAUAAAUUUCAUGAGAAAUUUUUGUAUAGUUUAAGUAUAUUUAUUUUUGUCUUAUACACGUGUAUUAGUGUAAUUCAAUAUAUGAGAUGUUUAAUCAAAGUUAUUAGGGUUCUCACAACUGUAAGAAAAA